GUCACUUUGUUAGGCCCCAUUGAUUAGAGGGCAUUUGGGUUUUGAUGGGUUUUGCAUCUUCAAUUGGGUUGUCCUUGAUACUUUGCAUCUUGGUUCAGGAUCCCCAUUAGAUUUCUUUAUUCUAUUAAUUUUUUCAUAAUUCCUUAAAGGUCUUGACUUUCUCCUUAAAAAACUUAUAAAAUCAUUCUGAAUUUUUAACAUAUUUUGCUUUGUGGCCAUGGGAAUGAAAUACAUAAGGAAGCUUUUGUUGAUAGAUUCAAAAUUUGGAGUUUCAAGGAUUUUUGAAUUUAAAUCUAUCUAAACGGCCUUCUUUAUUACCUUGAAAAAUAAAAAAAAAUAGUUUUAGUAUUUGAAUCAUCAUUGUACAGAAAUGAGUUGCUUUUCAUGUUUUACGUCCAAUGAAAAGAAAGUAGCAAAGAAGCCUAACAAUGGGCAGAGGAUACAACAGCCUGCUAUUAAUUCUCCCAAGGAAUCAGCCCAACCAGUUCAGCCACGGCCAGAUAAUAAUUUUAACAAGGCAAAGGCCACCCCACAAACAGAACCUAAAAUAAACAAGGAGGCCAACAAAGAUAAUGGGAACAACAACAACAACAUUGCUGCCCAAACAUUCACCUUCAGGGAAUUGGCUUCUAUCACAAAGAACUUCAGACAGGAAUGCCUAAUUGGUGAAGGUGGUUUUGGAAGGGUUUAUAAAGGAAGACUUGAAAAAACCAACCAGGAAGUAGCUGUGAAGCAACUUGACAGGAAUGGAUUACAAGGGAAUAGAGAGUUUCUUGUUGAAGUUUUAAUGUUGAGUCUCUUGCACCAUCAAAAUCUAGUGAAUCUAAUUGGAUAUUGUGCUGAUGGAGAUCAGAGAUUAUUGGUGUAUGAGUACAUGCCAUUGGGAUCUCUUGAGGACCAUCUGCUUGAUGUUCAUCCACAACAAAAGCAUCUAGAUUGGUUCAUCAGAAUGAAAAUAGCUUUGGAUGCUGCAAAAGGUCUAGAGUAUUUGCAUGACAAGGCGAAUCCUCCAGUCAUCUACCGCGACUUAAAAUCCUCCAACAUCUUGCUAGACAAAGAGUUCAAUGCAAAACUCUCUGAUUUUGGACUAGCAAAGUUGGGACCAACAGGGGACAAGUCUCAUGUCUCUUCAAGAGUAAUGGGUACUUAUGGAUACUGUGCACCUGAGUAUCAAAGAACUGGUCAGCUAACUGUAAAAUCAGAUGUGUACAGCUUUGGUGUUGUUUUGCUUGAAUUGAUCACUGGAAGGAGAGCCAUUGAUAACACAAGACCAACAAGGGAGCAAAAUCUAGUUACUUGGGCAUAUCCAGUAUUCAAGGACCCUCACAGAUACUCAGAGUUAGCAGACCCCCUUCUGCAAGCAAACUUCCCAAUGAGAUCACUGCAUCAAGCAGUGGCAGUAGCAGCCAUGUGCCUCAAUGAGGAGCCAUCAGUGAGGCCCUUGAUCAGUGAUGUUGUCACUGCUCUUACUUUCCUUGGAACAGCUCCAGGGAGCCAAGACCUCACAGGAAUUGCACCUGUUGACCUGCCCUCACCACCACAAGAAGCCAUUAGUAGUGCCCCUUUCAAUCUUCUCGACGACGAUGUCGUCAUGGAUCGCCAAAGGGCUGUUGCUGAAGCCAUUGAAUGGGGUACAAACAGUAGGAACAAAGCACCACUACGUGACAGUUCUACCUCUUUGUAAAUCCACUACAAUCAUAUUCAUGUACUUUCACACCAUUAUGUAUGUACCUAUAUAUUUUUGGCUUUUUUCUCAUUCUAUGUUUUGAGAUGAAUACAAAAGGAUGUCAAGAGUGAGAACUUAAAGGCUACUUGUAUAUGAUGAGAAAAAAUCGCAAGCACCAUUUCAAGUGCACGUUUUGUUUUA